AGCGGCCUCGCUGACAUACAGUGGCUACACAACUUUCCGCGGCUCAGCCCUGAAACCUCUGUUAAAGAACGCUGAACGCGCAGUGAACUGACGUGACACAAGGCGGAUUCCGGAGUUCCGCUAGUGUGCGCUUGUUUACGUGACGCCACAUCCGGCCAGCCUAGCACAUGCGGAAGUGGCUGCUGUACUUCACGCUGGUGCUGACUGACUGGCUGUAGAUACGUCGGCUGGCUGUUGAUUUUAUACCCUUAUGAUUCAUAACAAAUUGGACACUGGAAUCUUCCAAAAAUGCUGGAGUCUUAUGUGACUCCUAUUUUAAUGAGCUAUGUGAACCGCUACAUAAAGAAUUUGAAGCCUUCAGAUCUGCAGCUAUCUCUCUGGGGUGGAGAUGUGGUCCUUAGCAAACUUGAAUUGAAACUAGAUGUUCUUGAGCAGGAGCUGAAGUUGCCAUUCACAUUCCUCAGCGGGCAUAUACAUGAAUUAAGAAUUCAUGUACCAUGGACAAAACUUGGGUCAGAAUCUGUUGUGAUAACAAUCAACACCAUGGAGUGUAUCCUGAAACUAAAAGAUGGGGCACAGGACGACAUUGAAAGUUGUGGUUCCAGUUCAACAAAUCGCAGCACUACUGAGAGUGCCAAAUCCCCAGUUAAGCCUCGGAAGGUCCAGCAGGCAGCUCCUACCGAUCCCGAUUUGCCACCAGGUUAUGUACAAAGCUUGAUUAGACGUGUUGUCAAUAAUGUCAACAUAGUGGUCAACAAUCUUAUCUUAAAGUAUGUGGAAGAUGACAUAGUUCUUUCGGUCAAUAUUACUUGUGCUGAGUGCUACACUGUGGAUGAGUUCUGGGACAGAGCAUUCAUGGACAUCUCUGCAACUGAACUAGUGCUUAGAAAAGUCAUUAAUUUUUCGGAUUGUACGGUUUGCCUUGACAAGAGGAAUGCCAGCGGAAAGAUUGAAUUUUACCAGGACCCACUGCUGUACAAAUGUUCUUUCCGUACCCGCCUGCACUUUACAUAUGACAGCCUUAACUCUAAAAUGCCGUCUGUGAUAAAGAUACACACCAUGGUCGAUAGCUUGAAGCUUUCCCUUACUGAUCAGCAGCUCCCUAUGUUUAUACGUAUAAUGCAGUUGGGGAUUGCCCUGUACUAUGGGGAAAUUGGAAACACAAAAGAUGGAGAACCUGACAAUCCCCUCAACCCAACUAAGGAUACAAUAGUGUCUGGAGGUGAAGAGGAGCUAGGUGUAGGAAUUCAAUACCCAUCCCAAGAACUCUAUCCUAUGCAAGACGAUGAUGAACAGCAAGGUUGGGUAUCAUGGGCAUGGUCUUUUGUGCCGGCUAUUGUCAGCUAUGGAAAUGAAGAAGAAGGAGAAUUUGGAAAUGCUGGGUUGGAAGAUAACACUAUGCUUCAAGGUCCAAAAUCCCACCUAUCUAAAGACCCAGUCAUCUCUAUGGGGUUCUAUUGCACCAAGGCCACUAUUACUCUCAAGCUGACUGAAAUGCAAACCGAGAGCAGCUAUUACAGCCCACAGAAAGUCAAAUCCAGAGAGGUCAUACGAUGGGAGCAAGAGGGGACUACUGUGGAGGUACUUAUGAACGGAGAGCCAUUCUUUGAUUGCCAAGUUGGGUUUGUGGGUAGCCGAGCCGUUUGUCUAAAAGGAAUAAUGGGAAUCAAAGACUUUGAAGAUAUUUCCAACAGAUCUGAUGAGGAAGCCUGUUUUUUUACAUGUGGGGAGAAUCUGAGCAACAAAGGAAAUACUUACCUCACCAACUCACUGUUUGACUACAGAAGUCCAGAAAAUAAUGGAAUUCGAGCAGAAUUUAUCUUGGAUUCAACUCUCCACAAGGAGACAUACACAGAGAUAGCUGGAAUGCAGAGGUUUGGAGCUUUCUACAUGGAUUACCUGUAUACAAUGGAAAGCACCAGUGGCAAAGGUCCUUUAAAUCAGCAAGAUUUCACCUCUGGAAAACCUGAAGAACAGGGCUUUGUCCAGGAGAUGUCCACUAAACGCCUUGUUAUUGGCCCUAUUGACCUUCGACUGGAUAGUAGCUCUGUGCACAGAAUCAUGAAAAUGGUGGCAUGUUCUUUAGAUCAUGAGUAUGAAGCCUACUGCAGUCCCCCAUCAGCUACUGUGGAGGAAAACAAAUCUUUGCCAAGUCCUGAGGAUGUGGCAUCCUUGGAAGAAUAUAUUCCUACCCGUCUAUCAUGUGUAACGAUACUGAAGUGCACCAUUACCAUCACCAUGGCUGAAUUUAACCUCCUUGGGCAUUUGAUUCCUGUAAUAAUGGGACAGAAGCAUGCCAGCCCUGCCACGUUAAACACAAGUUUUCAGCCAAUACGGCCCCUGCCUGCCAUCAAAAUACUCGCUGACAAAAUCAAUUUUGAACAUUCAGUGCCAAUGUAUGCAGAACAGCUUGUACAAACUGUAAGCAGCCUCAGCCAGCCGUCGGAUAACCUGCUGCACCACUGCUAUGCACAUUGCUAUCUGAAGGUCUUUGGCUUUCAAGCUGGACUGAUAUCUAUAGACAGCAAAGGGCUUUGUUCAUCCCAUGUGCCAGUGAUCCCCUCCUUCAGCACAGCACUCUAUGGCAAACUUCUUAGGCUCCCUCAAUAUUGGACUAGCAGAGCUCAGGUUCCAGUGGCCGAAUAUAUAUUUGAGCUUCCGAACCUGACCAUUCUGGCCACAAGGGCUCAGACCCUGUUGCUGCAGGCAAUAUACGAUAGUUGGAUUUACAGUACCAAAAACAGUGGCUCCUCAGUGCUCAACGAGGCUCUGUUAAAUGAGAUCUUCCCUACAGCAGGUGUGAAAUCUAAGAAUCCUCUGCCAACUCUUGAGGGUUCUAUCCAGAACAUUGAGCUGAAAUUCUGCAGCACAUCGUUGGUCAAAUGUGUCUCCGGGACCGUGGGAUCAAUAAAAAUUUGUGCCAAAGCCCCAGGUGAAGUGGGAAAAGAAAAACUGAUCCCUUUGAUUCAGGGCCCAUCUGAUACUAGAGACCUCCACAGGAGCAUGUGGCUCAGGGAGAGCAGAAAGCCAGAAUCACUACUUGGUCCAGAUCUGAUAGCCUUUACAAUCCAGGUUCCUGAGCAGAUGGACUACUGCCACAGCUCUGGUGCAGCUCUGCUGGCAAGUAUUCAAGGCUUAGCAGUCAAUGUGGACCCUGUCCUGUAUACAUGGCUCACUUACCAUCCACAGAAACGGAGCAGCAGGCAAGCCCAGCAGCCCCUGGGAUCUGCUCCUCUUGCUGUGCCACUGUCAAGGAAGAAAGAGGAUGAGGUGUCAAUUGGCAGCGCGCCUUUAGCAAAGCAGCCGUCCAAUCAGCCCUCUGAUUAUGCCAGCAGUCCUGUCAAAACAAAAACUGUAACAGAAUCCCGCCCGUUGUCUGUGCCAGUAAAAGCAUUGCUUGCUUCUAGAGAAGGAAGCAAAUCUUCUGAGGAGAGAAUGAAAGAAGUUAUUGGCACUGUGUGGAAUGCAGUUAAGCGGCUUACACUUCAGGUGGAAAUCCAGACAUGCUGUGUGUUUUUCCCUAGUGAUAGCCUCCCAUCCCCAAGUACCAUUGUCUCCAGCGAUAUCCCUGGGACAGUAAGAAGUUGGUAUCAUGGCCAGGCCUGUAUGCCGGGUACACUUGUCGCCUGCUUCCCACAAAUCAAGAUAAUGAGCGCCGGACAUAAAUACAUGGAGCCAAUUCAAGAGAUUCCAUUUAUUGUGCCAAGACCUAUAGUGGAAGAAGGUGUGGCUUUCCCAUGGACCAUCAACCUACACAAUUUUAGUGUAUAUACCCUCCUUGAACAUCAGCUGAUCCUAAACUUAGUGGAGCCCAUGGGCUGUACCUCCACUCUUGCUGUCACGUCCCACAGUUUGGCCGGCUCCGGGGCUGAUGCAGGUCAUUCAUUUGUGGUCUGCCUUCACGUCGACCUGGAACCAUUAGAAAUAAAAUGCUCAAAUCCCCAGGUGGAGUUAUUGUACCAGUUAACUGACACCAUGAGCAAAGUGUGGGAGAAAAUACAGAGGAGAGGCAUUCUGCAUCAGUCUUCAAUAUACUGUGAUUCUUCAACUGGCCCAGCUCCUGGUUCCCCUGUUAGAAGCAGCGUCGGUACAGCCCCUCCAGAUACCAGCACAUGUAGCCCAUCUGCUGACGUUGGGACCACUACUGAGGGGGACUCUCUCCAGGCUGCUGAGGAUUCCCCUUUCUCUGACUCUGUGACCCUGGAGCAAACAACCAGCAAUAUUGGAGUAUCCAGUGGCCGGGUCAGUCUGUGGAUGCAAUGGAUGCUGCCCAAAAUUACUGUAAAACUCUUUUCCUUGGAUCCUGGAAUUAAAGGCGGAAAGAUAUGUGUAGUCAGUGAGCUUGAAGACCUUAAUGCGUCUGUGGAUGUCCAGGAUGUGUACACAAAGGUCAAGUGCAAAAUCGAGAGCUUUAACAUUGAUCACUACAGGAGCAGCUUUUCUGAAGACUGUUGGUGUCUGGGGCAAUAUGGAGGUGUCUUCCUAUCAUGUACUGACAAGCUGAACAGACGCACCACAUUGGUUCGACCCGUCAGCAAGCAGGACCCCUUCAGUAAUUUCUCUGGCUUCUUUCCAUCUACAACAGCCAAAUUGUUAGAGAGCUCUCACCAGCAGCAUGGAUUUCUGUCUCUCACUUACACCAAAGCUGUCACCAGGAAUGUCCGCCAUAAGUUGACCUCCAGGAGUGAAAGGAGUCCUCGAAGCUUUCAGAAAUUUUCUGAAGGCCCAGCGGAUGCAUCUCCUCACUUUCUUCAUGAGAUCCUCAUUUCAUCACAGGCUUUUGACAUUGUCGUCUUCUUCCCAUUGCUCAAUGCAGUCUCCAGAAUUUUUGAUGUUAGGUGUCCUCCCAAACAGAAGGAGAAGCGGAAGACACCAAGGCAACCUAUGCGAUCUCAUGCCCUAACCUCUCGGAACUUGCCUUUAAUCUACAUCAGUACAAGUGUCAUUAGAGUCUUCUUUCCUAAAGCUGAGGAGAGACAACUGGCUUCCGGAGGAAACCAGAUCAUAAAUGAAGAUACCUUGGUGGUGAAAAUUGGCUCAGUUUCAAUGGCGCCGCAGGCUGACAACCCUUUAAGCAGAAGUGUCCUGAGAAAAGAUAUUUAUCAGCGUGCCUUGAACUUAGGAAUUCUUAGAGAUCCCGGGUCAGAAGUGGAAGACAGGCAGUACCAGGUAGACCUUCAGUCUAUCAACAUUGGCACUGCACAGUGGGAUCAGCUGAAACCUGAGAAGGAAAGUAACAAUGGAGGCCUGCUGAGCGAGGGGGAUAGAGGCACCCAGAAUCCGGCUUUGGAGUGGAACAUGGCUAGCAACAUCAGGCGACAUCAAGAACGAAGAGCAUUAUUAAGUCCAAUUCUGACCGACUGUACAGUGAGAAUAACGGCAGCACCAGCCAUAAUCUUUACUAAAAUGGUUUCACCCGAGAACAUGCAGACUGAGGACAUUCUAGUGUGUGGCCAUUCCUUGGAAGUGAAUGUGACCACAAGCUUGGAUUUCUUCCUGAGUGUGGCUCAAGUACAACUCCUACAGCAGCUGGUGCAAGAGAACUUGCUCGGAUUCGAAGAAACAGGCCUAGAAGUCGAGGUCUCAAAGCAAGAGCAUCAGAAACUGGAUUCCUUGGAUGGGCGCACAGUUGACACUUCAUCUCGUUACAGCGGCGCCCAGGACAGCGGCAUUGGCAGCGACAGCGUGAAAAUAAGAAUAGUUCAGGUGGAACAGCAGAGUGGGGCAAGUCAUUACAGGAUCGUCAGGCCAUCCAAGCAGUCGUCUAUUGUAAAGAAUCUUAACUUCAUUCCCUUCGACAUAUUCAUUACAGCCAGCCGAAUUUCCUUAAUGAGCUACUCAUGUACUGCCUUGGCCAAACAGAAAAGCUGUCCAAAUGAUGGAGAGAAAAUAGGGAAAAGCUCAUUAAACCUCACAAACUCAGAGGCAGAUGGAGUCCUGGAGAAACCGGGGGACACUUGUAUUUCCACACUCACUGCCGAAGACCUCUUAGCUCCCCACUCGGUCACCACAAGGCCUGGACUUGCUUCCCUAGAAAGGCUGCAUGCUACUACUAGGUCUUCUGCCCGGCAGGCCUUGGGGAUCACUGUAGUGCGUCAGCCUGGGCGAAGAGGAACAGGAGACAUUCAGCUGAAUCCAUUCUUGCACCUUGUCCUGUCCCAGCCCUCUUUGCUCAUAAGUUGCCAUCACAGAAAACAGAAACUAGAAAUUUCUAUGUUCGACGCCCUUCUCAAAGGAGUAGAUCCAGAAUACAAAUGUUCAGAUGCUGGGAAGACCCUGCCAGAAGUUCUUGAUUACACCAGAAUCUGGCUACAGACAGUAGCAGGAGAACGGAACUGCAAAACUGGAAUCCCUCCACCAUUCAUAACCUUGCAAAUUAGAGACUUUCUUAAUGGACCAGCUGAUGUCAACAUUGAUAUUUCAAGGCCUCUGAAAGUAAACUUGAGCUUUGUGAAAUUUGAUCAAGUUAACCUUUUCAUGAAGAAGAUCUUCUUGUCCCAUCACGGUGGCAGCUCAGCUGAGGCCCAUGUAAUCGCCAACCAAACAGCAACUAGAGAAGAGCCAUUGAAACCUACCUCUAGAAAAGAAUCAGGCACCGCUGUAAGCAAGGAGAGUUUGAAAAAGACCUCCCUUCAAGAAGACACUUGGAGCUCAGUGUCAUGCCUUCAGAAGGUCUCCUUCAGGACAACCCAAGUAGUGGUUAAUUUAGAGACAAUACCACACGCCCAAAGUCCUUGCAUCCUGACAUCCUUCUCUGAUCUUCAAGGUUCCCUUAGUGUCCAAGCGGGUCAUAAGACAGCUGAAACAGUCACAAGUGCUUUAUUUCAUCUGGACAUUAAUGACUUCAUUAUCCAAACAAGCCUGAAUGACAGAAACCGGAAUUUUAUUGGUCCAGUUUCCGGAUCAGUUAAUGUGGAAGCCAAUUGGUGCAAGCACAGUGGAAACCCUGGCUCCCCUCAUACAAUCCCUAAGAUACUAGUGGAUGUGAGAGGUGGAGUGAUGCAGGUUUUCUGGGGUCAAGAGAACCUGAACUGUUUAACUCUUUUGAAUGAGCUUUUCCAUGAAUACCUGAAGAAAGAUUCCAGAUGUACAGCCAUGAGUAAUAACCCCCCUUUGCCUUCAGUCUCCCCUGCUGUUGGUAGACCUCAGACCUCAAAGACAGAACACAGUACUGAUGACUUGAGGACUGGCUUUUUUCAGUAUAUACAGGACACAGAUGCCCAGAGAGUGCCAAAUGCCUAUGAAGUUGUCUUCUAUAAUGAGACAGAAGAUAACCCUGGCAUGAUGCUGUGGAGAUAUCCUGAACCCAGGGUACUGACUCUCGUAAGAAUAACACCAGUUCCUUUCAACACAACUGAAGAUCCUGAUAUCAGCACAGCUGACCUAGGAGAUGUACUUCAGGUCCCUUGUAGCUUGGAGUACUGGGAUGAACUCCAGCGGUCAUUUGUUGCCUUUCGAGAGUUCAGUCUAUCUGAGAGCAAAGCCUGUGAGCUCCAGCUUCCCAGUAUCAGUGCUGUGAGUGACCAAAAGGAGCUGGUGACUUCGGACCUUUGGAGAAUUGUCCUGAACAGUAGUGCAAAUGGGAUCGAUGAUCAAAGCUCUGAAAGUGAAUCUGGCUCACAAAGCUCCAGCGACCAGCUUGUUACACCAACAGCUUUAGCCGCCUGUACCAGGGUGGACUCUUGCUUUACCUCUUGGUUGGUACCGUCACUUGGGGUAUCUAUUCAGUUUGUUAAUCUGGAGCUUCACUUGUGCCAUCACCUGGAUCAUUUAGGCUCAGUUCCCCCAAAGUGCUUGCAUCCAUUUGUAUCUGAUAAAACAACUCCCACUGAACUAGAAUACAUGAGCAUAUCUUUUAAAGAGCCUCAGGUGUACUUGAGGCAAUGGAGUGAUGUGUCUGUGUGCAAAGAGAUCCAGUUCUCGACAGAAGCAGAAAGCAAAUUCCUAGAGUGUCGCAAUCUGACAAUGAAGAGCCUAGUGAAGCCCUUCCACAUGCAAGGACAGAUGGCAAUCACCGACAGUGCCCUGGAAAAGGUUCUUGAUUUCACUGUCUUGGUGGAUCCGAUAUUUGUCAAUUUUGGACAACAUUCUGUUCAUUCCAUCAACACUGCAAUUCUGGCUUGGCAGCAGAAUCAGUGCCCUGAGGCAGAAGAGCUGAUCUACAGUCAUUUUGUUGUCUGUAAUGAUACACAAGAGACACUGCGGUUUGGCCAAGUGGAUACCGAUGAGAAUAUAGUGCUGGCCAGCCUCCACAACCACCAGUAUUGCUGGCGUUCACACAAGUCCCCACAGCUACUACAUAUUUGUAUCGAAGGCUGGGGGAACUGGCGUUGGUCAGAACCUUUUAGUGUGGACAAUGCUGGGACCUUUGUUAGAACAAUCCAGUACAAAGGAAGGACAGCAUCUCUUAUCAUCAAGAUCCAGCAGCUGAAUGGAUUUCAGAAACAGGUCACCAUCUGUGGGAGGCAGAUCAUCUGUAGCUACAUGUCAGAGAGCAUUGAACUAAAGGCGGUGCAGCAUUACAUUGGCCAAGAUGGCCAGGCUGUGGUUCGGGAGCACGUUGACUGCUUGACCGCCAAGCAAAAGCUGCCCUCUUAUGUCCUGGAGAACAGUGAACUUACAGAACUAUGUGUGAAGGCAAAAGGGGAUGAAGCCUGGUCCCAGGAUGUAUGUCUGUCAUCUGAGCUUACUGAGCACAGCAUGAUCAUUCAGGUACCAUCCUCAAACAACUCCAUAAUUUACGUUUGGUGCACCAUUAUUUCACUGGAGCCCGGCUCUCAAGUUCAGCAACGAAUGAUCAUGUUCAGCCCACUCUUUAUCAUGAGAAGUCAUCUUCCUGACUCCAUCAUAAUACAUUUAGAGAAAAGAAACCUUGGGUUAAACGAGACACAACUCAUUCCAGGAAAGGGCUUGGAAAAACCACUGCAAAACGCCGAGCCAGACUUAACCCAUCAUGUCACCUUUCAAGCAAGGGAGGAAGAUGAACCUUCAGAAUGUGCCGUUCCCAUUUCAACGUCUCUCAUUAAGCAGAUUGCUACAAAAGCACAAAAUGGAUACUCUGCUAAUCGGAUUCUUUCUGAGUUUUAUGGUGGGGAAAGCUGCCCUCAGCCUGUGUGGCCGUACAAUAAAAAGGAUACAGAUAGUGGGGAGCACUUGGCGCAGUGGGACAGCCCAAUGCGGGUGAAACUUUCCCUGUGGAAGCCACACCUGAAGACACUGCUCGUUGAACUUCUUCCAUGGGCUCUGCUUAUCAAUCAGUCAAGGUGGGACCUAUGGCUUUUUGAAGGGGAGAACAUUGUCCUCCAGAUUCCUGCAGGGCAGACUAUCAUUCCUCCAAAUUUUCAGGAAGCUUUCCAAAUUGGCAUCUACUGGGCUAACACUAACACGGUGCACAAAUCUGUCGCUGUUCGAUUGGUCCACGAUAUGACGUCCCCAAAGUGGAAGGAUGCUGAUAACGGAGAGGUGGUGACACUGGAUGAGGAAGGAUUUGUUGAUGCCAACAUCAAACUGGGUGCCUUCCCUGGACAUCAGAAGCUCUGCCAGUUUUGUAUUUCAUCCAUGGUACAAAAUGGAAUCCAGAUUCUGCAGAUUGAGGACAAGACAACGAUCAUCAACAACACCUCACUGAAGGUCUUUUAUAGCCCACAGAUAUCUGCUAUUCAGCAAAGCUCAGAGGAAGAGUAUGUGCCUGUACCAGACAGUGCUGUUUUCAGCAUCAACCCUGUUGGGGAAAAUCAGAUUGCGAAACCCAACCCUAUUCCUUGUUGGGAUGUUGUAUCGGACGUCAGCCAAUCAUCAGCUGAAACUUCACCUUCACCUCUUCAGAAGUACAUUCUGCUGAGCCUUUGCCCCAGCGUGGGAGGGGGUAAUACCCAGUGCUGGAGCUUGCCGGCUGUGAUUCGCCAGGAGUACCCUAGGCAGAGUGUGGCUGUGCCCGUCGGAGAUUGUGGGGGAAGUGGCCUGUGUACCAAGGCCAUCGUGCUGACCUAUCAGGAGCAUCUCGGUUUGACAUAUUUAACCCUGACAGAAGACCCUUGUCCUAGAAUUAUUAUUCGCAACAGAUGCACAGUUGCAUUACUUCUGAAAGAAAAUAUAAAAGAAAUGCCGAAAUUUGAGGUUUAUUGCCGAAGAAUCCCAGCUGAGUGUUCACUCCAUCAUGAACUUUACCAUCAAGUCUCCAGCUUUCCAGACUGUAAGACCAAAGACUUGCUUCCUAGCAUCUACCUGAAAGUUCUGUCCCACGAAGAUACAGCAACAGAGUGGAGCGAUUUGAUUGACAUCAAUAACCAGGGGACUCAGGUUGUGUUCUUGACUGGGUAUGGCUAUGUCUAUGUGGAUAUUGUUCAGCACUGCGGGACAGUGAUCAUUACCCUGGCGCCAGAAGGAAGGGCCGGACCGGUCCUUACAAGCCUUAAUAGGUCUCAGAGCCAGAGUGUUAUGGUCAAAUUCUUCAUCACCCAGUUGAGCCUUGGAAUUUUUGAUGAUGUCACAAAUGCUAAAACAUCAUCGGAGCUUCUGCGCCUCACUCUGGAUAAUGUGUUCUUUAGCGUGACACCGGUGAGCAGCUACCUCAGACAGCCGUGUUUGGAACUCCAGGCAGAUAUAACAUGUGGAAGUACCUUGUUCUAUAGCCUGGAGAUGUACUGCGGAGACCUGCAGGUGGACAACCAGUUGUACAACAAAUCCAACUUCCAUUUCCCAGUUCUUGUUUGCCAAGAGGAGAGAAGCGAUAGUGCCAGAUGGGCAAAGUCCAAUGGGUUCCAAAUGUCCACCAAAGAAUUAGAAGCUUUCAAGGAAAGUUCCUUUGUGAAAUUCUUUGUUUCUCUGUCAGUAGAACAUGAAGCGUACGACCUUAAUGAGCUUAGCUUUGAGAUGAAACCAUCUCGACUUUACUUAGAAGACACUUUUGUUUAUUACGUUAAAACACUUUUUGACACCUACCUCCCGGAUAGCAAAAUACCGCACAGCGCAGUAAAGUUCCCAGGACCAAAGGUUAAUCACCUGUUACCGGAACAAGUGAGGCUAUACGCAUUAGCCCUAGUUAAUCCAGUGAAGCUGCGGAAGCUAACAGUGCAACCCGUCAACCUCCUGGUCAGCAUUCAUGCCUCCCUCAAGCUCUACAUUGCCUCUGAUCACACCCCAUUGUCCUUCUCUGUCUUUGAACGUGGACCUAUCUUCACGACAGCCAGGCAGCUGGUACAUGCCCUUGCUAUGCAUUAUGCCGCGGGUGCCCUGUUCCGAGCAGGCUGGGUUGUUGGAUCUUUGGAAAUACUCGGAAGCCCGGCCAGCUUGGUCAGAAGUAUUGGGAACGGCAUUGCUGACUUCUUCAGGCUUCCAUAUGAGGGACUGACCAGGGGUCCAGGAGCGUUUGUAAGUGGGGUCUCCAGAGGCACGUCAUCCUUUGUGAAACACAUCUCUAAAGGCACACUAACAUCCCUGACUAACCUGGCCACGAGCCUGGCACGGAACAUGGACAGACUGUCUCUAGAUGAAGAACAUUACAACCGGCAGGAGGAGUGGAGGAGGCAGCUGCCUGACAACCUGGGAGAAGGUCUGAAACAGGGACUGUCCCGCCUGGGCCUCAGCCUGCUCGGCGCAAUAGCUGGCAUUGUGGAUCAGCCCAUGCAGAACUUCCAACGGACCUCUGAGGCCCAAGGCUCGGCAGGACACAAGGCCAAAGGCGUCAUUUCAGGAGUGGGAAAAGGCAUUGUGGGAGUCUUCACUAAGCCAAUCGGGGGUGCAGCCGAGCUGGUCUCACAGACGGGAUACGGUAUUUUGCAUGGGGCGGGACUGUCGCAGCUUCCGAAACAACGUUUACUGCCCACCGACCUACCCACCCACCAGUUGCCCAACAGCCAUGUGAAAUAUGUCUGGAAAAUGCUGCAGUCCUUAGGGCGGCCCGAGGUUCACAUGGCUCUCGAUGUGGUUAUUGUCAGCAGAUCGGGCCAGGAGUAUGCAGGGUGCUUGCUGCUAACGUCAGAGGUUCUGUUUGUAGUGAGCAUCAGUGAGGACACCCAGCAGCAAGCCUUCCCUGUCACAGAGAUUGAGUGCAUUGAGGACAGAGAGACAGCAAACUGCAUUAAGGUGCAACUGAAGCAGCAACCAGUAGCCAGCGAUGUGGAGUCUGAUGGCCCGCGAGAGAGACUCUCUGAACAACAGUACAACCGAUUGGUGGACUACAUCACAAAGAGUUCUCAUCACUUGGUCCCCAGUAGCUCUUCCUUGCACCUUGCACCCCAGGUGGUAGCGGCAGAACCUCCUACAACCAACACCAAGACGUACCAAUUCCUGGUUGAUGCCCAUUUUGCAAGGGUGUUCAUUAGUAAAUUUAAGAUGGUUAAAGACAAGGCCCUUCGGAGGGGAUUUCACUAGGCCACCUAUCCUGGCGGGAAUGUCCAAACUGCCAGCUUAGGGAAUACUGCAGCACAUGUUAUAUAUGUCUGAUCUGUAUCUGUAUGGGGCCAAAUACACUAAAAGGACAUUUAAGGAGGUCCCUGUUCUUAAUAACUAGAUAGGCCACAAAGUCACAUGAUUUCACAGAAAUAGCUGGAAGAGAGGAAACAAGAUUUCUAAGAGCCACAUUUGUUGUUAUGGUAUUGAAAGGGAAUAUGGAUAUUAUUUUUAUAAAGAAUAUAUUUAAACUAAAUGAGGCUUUUUUUUUUUUUUUUAACAGAUUAUUUGGGGGAAAAGUAUGCAGUUAACCCUGCCCUGGUUAUAACUGCUGGAAGGUCACAAUAUUUCCUAGUGACAGUGCGUCGCACUGGGGACAGUCAGGCACCAAUAGGCAUCCAUAUCACCUUGGGAUGGAAAAUAGUAAAGAAAACGCUAAUUUAUAUGUAUUUAUGAGCAGUUUAAAUGAGUAUAUGGGUGUGGUAUCUGACCGGGCAGGUUUGUCUCAGCCGCUCUAUGGGAAAACGCAGCUUUCUCAUUAAACAAUACUGUGUAUGGCCUGUUUGUCCUGUCACUCAAGCAGGGGGCGUAUGUAUGAAGGUGGGUGAAUAUUUUAUGUCAAACAUCAGUGUAAAAUAAAUAGAGUAUUUAUAAAUCUC